GUAUUUUGAAAUCUGAUGACUGAUUUUUCUUGUUCAUUAUUGAAACAUAAAACGAAACAAAGCGACGAUAGAAAAAGAUUUCAAUGUCAAUCAAGAAAUGCACAAAACUUUCUCUCUUCCGAAGAAACCAAGAAUAAGCGAAAACGACUGAGCAAUGUUUAUGUCCAAGUUCCAAGAAGCCCAAGUCCAGUAAAAUCACUACCCUUGUCUACUAAGAAUCUUCAAUCUUUCCAUGAAAGAAAAAUGGAUGAUAAUAUAUCCUUAAAAAAAACUGUGCAUUUGUCUGUUAAACCUUCUAAAACAUUUUCGGAAAAGCUUUCUGAUCUUAGAUCAAAGAAGAAAAUAAAGGAAAAUAUAACGGACAUGCAGAAAAGGAGACUUUCUAAAGGCUUUGUAGCAUUAAAUGAAAAAAAUAAAUUGGUAGAUUCAGAAAUUUUUUCGGAUUUUCAAAGUAAAGAAAAUGUGUUAUCAUUCUCUUCAGAAGAUCCCUAUGAUUCAUAUUCAAUGCUUUAUCUUUCAAAAAGGAAUAUUUCUCAUGAUGAAUUAAGCUUCUAUUUUAAAGGAAAGAAAAUCUUUUUAUUACCUGAAUUAUUAAAAACAGUAACGGCACCAACUUACGAGUUUCCUGAUCAUGACAAUGAUUGUGUUGUAAUUGGUAUUAUUGCGUAUAAGUCGAUACCAAAACAUAUUCAAAAUGAAAAAAAAGAUGCGAAUAUAAAGUCAAGAUAUUGUGUAUUGACGUUGACUAAUUUAAAGUGGGAAAUAAGUCUUUUUUUAUUUGAUGGCGCAUUUGAACGUUAUUGGAAGAUUCAGGUUGGAUAUAUUAUAGCAAUUUUGAAUCCGGGAAUUAUGAAACCUAAAAAGAUAGAUUCUGGAAAUUUUAGUUUAGUUUUAUCUCAUGAGUAUGAUUCAUUAUUAGAACUUGGUUUAUCGCGGGAUCUGGGGUUUUGUAAUGCCUUAAGACGAGAUGGAAAACAAUGUACAUCAUGGGUAGAUAUACGUCAUUCUGAAGUCUGUGGAUUUCAUGUUGAUCAAGGAAUGCAUAAGAUUAGAAAUGCGCGAAUGGAAGUUGCUACUGGUACACGGCUUUAUUCUCCUAAAAAAAGUAAAUAUAUAUCGAGUAAAGUAGGCUAUAGCAAAGGUCCUAAAUCUGCAGAAGGACUUUUGGCUGAACAUACGGGCUGGGUUCAUGAUCCGUGGAAUGGAAAUGUAUUUAUGAUAUCUAAUUUUCUUUAUGGUUAUGAACGUGAUGCUUUAGACGCUAAAAGGGCUGAAAGAAUGCGAUUUCAACAUCAGAAACAAACACAAGAAUCUAAUAUGGUUUCCAGACUUUUUGCUUAUGAACAAGUUCCUCGAAAUGUUCCUGAUUCUUUAGAAAUUCAUGCAAAAGUAACAUGUCCUAUUUCUUCUGUUUCUUUAGAAAAUUCAUCCAAAUUGUAUCCGGAACCUUUUUCCAUACAAUCUGUUAAGCGAAUUGGUUUUAAUCCCUACAGUCAUUCGGUUUUUCCGUCUAGUUCAUCUAUUUUACCUAUCGCACGUUCAUUGUCAUCUGAUAUUUGUUGUAAUUCCGAUUCUGAUCUUGAGAUCAUUUAA